CAUAAUUUGCUGUGGUUUAGUGCAUGUUGGGGAAGAAUCUUUUGUUGUGUGCGUGAAGGGGGUGUGGUGACCUUGAAGGGACGAUCGGUUAGGUUGUGGGUGACUAUGCAACGUCUUUCAAUCGUCUUUCGAUUGGUUUGGUUAGAUUUCGUUGGAAUAUUCAUUGUUUUGUGGCUUCAGGAAUUUUUCAUCACGGGUUUCGAUCUAUUGCUGGGUUUGUGUCUGCUUGUGGAUCGGGUAUUCUUGCUAUGAUAUAUUGUGGAAAUUAGGGGUUUCUUGAAGUAGGGGUUUAUAGAAUCUCGAUAUGUUUAUUGGUGGCAGCAUCGCAGCCAUCCCUCAGUGACUCCUAGGAAUCUCCUUGUAAGCAGAGUGAUCAUUCGUACGUUUUUUUGGAUAUUGGCUUUUAAUGUUGAUGAUGAUGUAAGGACGAGAACGUAUUUGGUGCCAAUAAUACUGAGAGAUUUCUUCAGUGAUGUGCUUAUUUUUUAAGCACCUUUGCAGCUCUCAACGACAAUUAUUGUUAAACUCAAAUUGCUUACAACCCCAGUCUCUUUUUUCAAGCGGUUGAACAGCCAUGGUGAGGAUCAUGUUUGUCCGUGCUUUCACCUCAGGCUCUCAUGCCCUGCUGAAGCAUGGAGUAAGGUCUCGAGCUCAACCCCUGAAAUGCGUAACAGUUGAUGUUACAGGGACGUUAAUGGGGUAUAAGGGGGUAUUGGGGGAUUACUACUGCAUGGCUGCCAAGCGGUCCGGGUUGCCAUGCCCAGAUUAUGAGCGAAUGCAUCAGGGCUUCAAGGUCGCGUACAAGGAAAUGGACACGUUGUACCCGUGCUUUGGGAAGCUACACAAUAUUUCAAACCAGGAGUGGUGGCGGACAUGUGUUAGAAAGGCCUUCUGUGAGGCUGGUUAUGAUUACACCGACAAAGAAUUUGAUGCUGUGUUUAAGCGCAUCUAUGGAAUCUUUGGGUCUGCAGCGCCAUACGAAGUAUUUGAAGACGCAAAACCCUUUUUGAGAUGGGUACGAGCGCAGGGUAUCGUGGUCGGAGUUCUGAGUAAUGCAUCUUACAGAUAUCGCGAUGACAUCCUACCACAAUUAGGACUUCGCCAGGGAGAAGAGUGGGACUUUGGUGUUUUUUCUGGUAUUGAAGGCGUUGAGAAGCCUAAUCCCGAAAUUUUUAAGAUUGCAUUGUCGAGAGCUGGGGACAACAUCCUUCCAGAGCAAGCGCUGCACAUUGGGGACAGUCUCAGAAAGGAUUUCGUUCCUGCUGCUGCCCUGGGCAUGCAUGCGCUGCUCCUGAACCGCUUUGACUCAAAGGAGGCGCGUGCAGCGAAGGAGAAUGGAGUGCUUGUGGUGACCGACCUUCAUCAAUGCCAGGAUUAUAUCACCAGACUUCAAGAGGAAGCUAAAACAAGCGUCCUUUUGUGAACAUCACUUUUCAGCCCAUUUUGCGUCUACUCCCUUUUCAAUCAAACCCAGCCUUUCGAAUAGAGGGAUACACCCUGAGGCUGUUCACACUGCAUAUGAAGAUACACCCAAGGGGCUAUUUUACAACUUCAUGCGGAGUACCGUUCCUCACUCAUAAGUAGCAAAACACUAAGAUCUUCCUUAUACAGUUUGCCACAGAGGCUUGUGAGUCGCUUGAAUUUUUUGUGAGAAAGGUAUGUUGACAUCGUUCAUCACUUAUCCAGCAGAGCGGGCUGUCAUCUCAAGCUGGCAAAGGAUAGGAAUAGUGCAUUCCGUGUAUUGCGACCUUUAAAAAAUGACCUUCCCUGCAUUUAGGGUCUAUCAACCCCUCAAUCUA